CUCUGCGCGAUUGUGUGGUCGUUUUGCAGCAGAUGCGCAUAUAUCAGUGUGUAACUCUGGACAAAAAAAAUUGUAUUCUUUCAUAACACGGAGAAAAUGUGUAAGUUUGGUUUUAUCCUAUAGAGCGCACACAUUUUUAUUAUCUUUACUUUUUUUCCCCCCACAAAAAAUUGAAUUGCCAUUAUGUGUUUAAAGCCCUGCCCAUAAGAAGGCGAAUUUGAUAACUGAAAACAUGACGUCACACUGUCCACCUUUAUAGGGUCAUCUGUGAAUAAAUGUUGCCAAGUAAACAAUUCAAUGGAAAAAGUGAAGCCAGCUUUAAUGUGCAUUUAACCAAAUUUAAACCAAUUCCACCAGUCAAGUGUGUCGCGUGUGUGUGUGUAAGUGUGUCGUGUUUAAGUGUGGCUGAUGUACACCAAUCAGAACUAGAUGACUAGUUUACACCAAGAGCGUUUCGUAUCAAGCAGAAGUCUAAAAACAAUUGAAUCGCCCAAGAAUUUAUUGAAAUUCUGUAUUUAACGCCUGUUAUAUUUUAUAAAUUUGCUCGUUCUGUGUAGUCAUUAACUGGAAAUUGGAAGAUGGUUUCUUCGUUUCCCAGCAUUUCGAACAGUUUGAAAUUUUUAAAUCAAUUUUUAAUAAAUCAAAUGAUGAAAGAAUAUUACGAGGAUUUCGUUACAUGAUGCAUCCGUGUCUUCUAGAAAUGUGUGCUCGUGUUAGACUCUUGACCUCCUCAUGAUGCCACCCUUCUCACCGCUUCCGAAACAAAAGAAUUACACCCGCUACUUUCUCCUGACAAUAAUUUAUUUUCGCGUGGUUGAUAAGUUAAAAUGCAAAAAAAUUAAAAUAAGAAUUGAUAUUUUUCUUAACUUGCAGAGUGUACACAUUGUUUUUCUUAACUUGCAGAGUGUACACAUUGCUAACCGAUCAGUUAGUCAGUGUACAUUCAAUCGCAUAAUUUUAAAACUGAUUGUGCUCUAAUAUUGGCUGUAAAAUCUGUGCGGUAGAGUCUUAACUGUUGAUUCUAAGAUUAGUUGAUCACAUUAGUUAGUGUUGAAUCUCAGAUCUAGUAAUGGAUGUCUGGUGAAUGUAAGACUUGCAUGCCCUCUCCUUCUGUUGUCCACAGUGAUACCUUUGUGAGGGUGGUCAGUCGGUGAAAGAUGACCAGCAGACUGGUGGAGACUGCCACUGCGGUGCUCACAUCGAUGACUUUACUGUGGACUGCGUCAUCCUUGUCCAGGUGAGAUAAUUCAGUCAACCUUGUCCAAGUGAGAACAUUCAGUCGACCUUUUCCAUGUGAGUUAAUUCAGUCAUCCUCGUCAAUGUGAGAACAUGUAGUCAACCUUGUCCAAGUGUAUUAAUUCAGUCAUUCUUGUCAAUUUAAGGUCACUCAGUCAUCCUCGUGCAGGUGAGUUAAAUGAUCUAUAAUCUGGCCAAUACUGGCAUUGAUUGCUCCCCCCCCUCCCGGACCAAAUACAUACGUUCAUUAACUAUAGGAACAAAUGUUCUAAAAUUGCUUUAAUUAAAAUAACGAACGUUCAUUAAAAAAAAUAUUACCUUAAAAACUCAAAAUUGUAAGAUUUUUUUUUUUUUUUUUGUAAACUUCAUGUCAGCAGCUUUAGUAAAUCCAAUACUAUGAUAUGUUCAUUAAAGAUAGAAACAAAUGUUCUAAAAUUGCUUUAAAUAAAAUAACGAAAGUUCAUUAAAAAAAAUAUUACCUUAAAAACUCAAAAUUGUAAGAUUUUUUUUUUUUUUUUGUAAACUUCAUGUCAGCAGCUUUAGUAAAUCCAAUACUAUGAUGUACUAGACCAUGCAUAACAUCAGAUAUAACAUAACGUCAUCACCAGGUUGACCCUUUACGAUCAAGUCAGUAUCGACAAGAUAAUAACCCUAAAUGUGCUACUCCUGGACAACUACCUGCCCAACAAGUCCCGCCUGCACUGCGCCCUGAGGUGCGACCACCACGAGAACUGCACCGCGUUCCUCUACCACAAGGCCAACCGGACCUGUGCCCUGUACGGGCUGGAUUUCCCGAGAAAUAACUCCGUCUAUCCUAAGAGUGCCGCCCCUGUUACGCCAUGGCAAGCUUUUUAUGUUGAUUCGGGUAAAUUUUAAGUUGUCAGCCAUAGGCAUAGUCUUAUUCAUCAGAGAGCUUAGCUGAUAAUUUUAAUUGUUUCUAUAGUAUAGUAGUUACUAUCCUAGUGUAUCAUUUUUAUUUUACUUAGUUUACAUGUUUUUAAUAAUUGUGAGAGCGCUUUAAGGUAGGCGCUAUGUAAAAAUGCCUAAUUAAAUAAAUAAAUAAGAAGACGUGCAAUUUUUUUAACAGGGCGUUACUGUGUCAGAGGUUGAACUGACCCACGGAACGGACUAUCAGCGGGGUUGUAGUUAACGUAAUUGUGUAAGCCUCUUAGAUGUGUAGCUAUCGUAGGGGUGUGGUUGUCGCGGAUGUUUAUCUGUCAUAGAUAUGUAGCUAUCACGGAUGUGCAGCCAUCAUGGAUUAUCAAGUGUCAUAGAUGUUUACUGUCACGGCUUUGUAGCUACCAUGGUUGUGUAGAUAUUAUAGAUGUGUGUAGCUAUCAUAGAGUAGCUAUCAUAGAUGUGUAGUUAUCAUAGAUGUGUAGCUAUCAUAGAAGUGUAGCUAUCAUAGAAGUGUAGCUAUCAUAGAAGUGUAGCUAUCAUAGAUAUGUAGCUAUCAUAGAAGUGUAGCUAUCAUAGAUCUGUAGCUAUCAUAGAAGUGUAGCUAUCAUAGAAGUGUAGCUAUCAUAGAUGUGUAGUUAUCAUAGAAGUGUAGCUAUCAUAGAAGUGUAGCUAUCAUAGAUAUGUAGCUAUCAUAGAUGUGUAGCUAUCAUAGAUGUGUAGCUAUUAUAGAAGUGUAGCUAUCAGGGAUGUUUAACUGUCAUUGAUGUGUAGCUAUCACUGUACCAUUUCUCCCUAGGUUGCCCAUACAACUACAACAAGAAGUACAAGAAGUGUUUCCUGCUGCUGAACCAGGCCGGCUCCCAUAACAUCGUCAGCAACAACUGUUCAUCAUUGGGUGGCAAGCUUGUCCAGUUCUCAUCUUACAACGAACUGCUCUUCUUCCAGGGUUUUCUCCUCUUUUUAAACGGUAAGAAACUUAUUAUGUUCUUCCGUUGGCAUUAAGCGUAAUCAUCAUCAUCAGUGGCACUACAGCCCAUGUAGGGUCCCGGCCUGCUCCACCACAUGCUUCCAUUCGGAUCGAUCCUUGGCUUUCCGACAACCCCCAACUGGUGUAAGUCCAUCUCUACACCGUCGAUCAAUCUCAGUCUUGGGCGACCGCUGAGUCGUCAGCCCCUGGGUUUCUUGACAUUGGGGUAACUAACCGUAAAAUGAUUCGGGGGGCCCACGAGCUCCCCAAAGACUAAAGAUGAUACAAAUCAUAAUACAAAGGAUGUUACAAUUUUAUGAUACAACAGAUGGUCCAGUUUUAUGAUGCAAUGGAUGAUACAAUUUUGUGAUUCAAAGGAGUGAUACAAUGUUAUGAUACAAUGGAUGGUAAAAUUUCAUUGAAACUUUAAAUAGACUUUCCACCACAGCCAGCCACGUCUCCUGAUGCACAGUAAGGGAGUCUAAACCUAUUGGUAUCUAACAUUUAAUAGUUCUUAUACAUGGUCAUAAUAGGAGCCAGAAUGAUCGAUACAUUGAUCGUGGGCCCUCAAAAUAUAGAAGAAGACUUGAAUACUGCAAACGUUCUAGAAAUGUCUGAAGAUGGUCCACAUUCAGAUGGAUCACAUCCAGAUGGUCGAUAUUCUUAUGGUCAUAUUUAGAUGAUCCACAUUCAGAUGGUUCACAUUCAGAUGGUCCGCAUUCAGGUGAUCCAUAUUCUUAUGGUCAUAUUUAGAUGAUCCACAUUCAGAUGGUUCACAUUCAGAUGGUCCGCAUUCAGGUGAUCCAUAUUCUUAUGGUCAUAUUUAGAUGAUCCACAUCAGAUGGUCAACAUUCAGAUAGUUUACAUUCAGAUGUUCCACAUUCCGGUGGUCCAUAUUCUUAUGGUCAUAUUUAGAUGAUCCACAUCAGAUGGUCAACAUUCAGAUAGUUCACAUUCAGAUGGUCCCCAUUCAGAUGGUCCCCAUUCAGAUAGUUCACAUUCAGAAGAUUCACAUUCAAAUGUUUCACAUUCAGAUUGUUCAAAUUCAGAUGGUUCACAUUCAGAUGGUUCACAUUUAGAUGGGACAUCCAAAUGAACCUAACUAAAAAUAUUUUGUUUAAGACUGGGUCUCCAAACCAGGAUGCUUCCCGCCAGGGGGUGCGAGCCGGUAUCUCCGGGUUUUUUAGGAAAAAUAAUUUGUGCCCUUGGCGUUCAAGCUAUUAGAAAAGAUGCUUACUUUUUUUUCCUCCACUAAACUGUGAAUGUUCGCGUAAAAAAAAAAGGUGGGGGUGGGGGGGGGUGCCAGACCUAAACAAACAACUUUUUAGGGGUUGUGAGAUGUAGUAGUCAAACAAUUCUUUUUUAAAAAAGUAUUGGGGGGGGGGGGGUGGCGGAUGUUUUUUUUUUUAAAGGUUUAGAAACCGGUUAAUGUCAUAGAAAAUUUUAAUAAAAAAAAACCGAUAACCACAAAACCGGCCUUUCAUUCCCCCGUGCUAUCUUAAAUGUGGCCAGGCGUUUGGCCCUUUUUUUCAAUAACACCCCCCCCCCCCGAUUAUGGGGACAUCUUCGACGUGAAUUAAAUGUGUCAAGGCGUAUGUCCCUUGUUUUCAAUGACACCCCCCCCCCCGAUUAUGGGGACAUCUUCGACGUGAUGAGCGUUUUAGGCGGAAAUUAUUUGGAAAAUUUCGAUUUUUUCAGGGGCCCAUAUUACUAUCAACGUUCGUGGGGAUAGGCAGACCCUGUCUAUUCUAACGGCAGACCCUGUCCAUCCUGGCGGCAUAUCCUGUCCAGCAAUCAAUGUUUUUCUUCAAAUUAAAUAACACCAACAAAAUUGGCUUCCUCACAAAAAAUAUAAUAGACAUGCUUGUUAGCAGCCGGUAACAAGGGGAGAGACUGUAAUCAGGUUAGUACAAAAUAAAAUUAGUAAAACAGAGUAGGGUUAAACCUGAAAAAAUAAACGCAACAAAACAGCGAACGUGUCGGCAGAAAGCCUUCGUCAGCUGCAAUAUUGCUGCCCACAGAUACUACUUACCAGCUAAGUGCUAUUUCUUAUUUUUAUAACGUUUUUUUCUGUUGUUUUGUUCGCUGACGAAGGCUUUCUGCCGACACGUUCGCUGUUUUGUUGCGUUUAUUUUUUCAGGUUUAACCCUACUCUGUUUUACUAAUUUUUUUUUGUUAGCAGCCACAUCCUUGUUGUUACAGUACUCAUACUCACCAAAAGGAAUAACAGAAUCGGCUGUAACACAAUGACAUGUUGUCAUGUGAAGGAAGGAAACUAAUAUUGGCGUUACAACUUCAUUAGCAUCAACUUGUGCAAACGGUCUUUGAAAGGGUUACAAAGUGGGGCCAGGCUGUUUGCUUGGUGACCCAAUCAGAGACAAACCUCUAAAUCAGCGUGACCCUAAUGCCGGUUCGCGAGUUGGUACGAAAACAAACAUUACCGGGCAACCGAAAGAUGAAAAAAAAACAGUUGUCGGGUCGCUAAAAAUACAUUUCGGGAAACGUUGCUCUAGACAGACGAUAAGAAAAGACUAGAACGCCGCGUUUCUAGACAUUGACAACGGUGAUUAUUAAAAUUUGAAAUCGGAUAGUGCAGUAGUCCGUGUCCUGUAGGCCAAGUGUACGGAGGAUAGAAUCAAAAUAGAGAAUACGUUGAUCAAAAGUACUUGGUACGUUGACUCCCAACCCCCAUGCAUAACAUCGAAAACUUUACAUAUCCUAUAAUUUCGUUUCCUGUUUUUGUUCUACCUACGCUACACUUCCGUCCACUUUCUCCCCUUUUCUUCUUUGUUCUUGCUUUUUUUUAGGGGACCUGUGCCCAUAGUUUUUUUUACUUUCUUUAUUUCCCUUUUCUUUAAUAUUUUCCUUCGAUAUGGUAUCAGAUAAAAUCGUAUUUAUUAAUUUAAUUUUUGUUUAACUAAAUGACGUAAUGUCGAGAUCUAUCUUUUUUUAAAAUUUUAAUUGCACAAACUGAUUUUUUUUUUUUUAAAUAACAACUUAAUCGACCUUUUUAUAACAAAACUCUCGUGUUAUUCCAGGUAACAAAUCGAUGAAUUACUUUGUCGGAGCCCAGAUCUCAGUCACAGCCACUAAAACAUUCGUGUGGACCAACACGACCAGGUCGUUCGGACCCGGGGACCCCAUGUGGUCCGCAACUCAGCCGGACGCCUUGCCCGGACCCAAUGAGGACUGCGUGGAGGCGAGCAAAGAUUUCCAGUACCUUCUGAACGACGUCUCGUGCAGCAUGACGAAGCGCGGCAUCUGUGAAUUUCCUGUACCGAGACCGUGAUCGAGGGCCGCCCAACUGCGAUAAUUGGUGAUUGAGAACACUAUGGUGGUGUAAUAGCAUGGACGGUGGAUAUCUGCUGAGGAGUUGAUGGUGGUGAAGUUGACACCGUCGAGUCGACUUAUAGAUCACGGAGACAGUGUGUUUUUUUAGUUUGAGAUACAUAUAUUUUAUAACCAGAUCUUUAUAACAAAACUGUGGAUAACUUCUAUUGCUGGACGUAAGUUGGGAGUCAAUGACUCAAGAUAUUCUGAUGGAUGAUGUCUCUACUCGAUGUUUUAUACGUACACUUUAAAGAUAUUAUAGCAUGUUUUGCUCUAACUAAAUUGUCUUUUUUUUUUUAAAUUGUUGUUGGUGUUAAUGUUGUUGAAUGAUUGUAAAUUGAAACUUUGUUUCUCUUGUAAGCAAUCAUUGAUUAGUUAUCGUAAAACAUAUUAGGACCAUACGAUCUACAUGGACCAAUCG